AUGUGUUCGACGUUCAUCCUAACGGCGCUAGCAUUUGACCGAUAUAUGGCCAUCUGUCAUCCGGAGUAUAAACGAGUCCACCAAAUGCGACAGACAAUAUUCAUAACCACAUUUUUGGCUAUGUUGUCGUUCGCGCUCAUUAUGCCAGUAGUGCUUUCGGCAACGGUACGGUCUUUCACAGGUCUCGGACAAUAUAUAAACAAUAACGAGGAGAAAUUCAAUGUCGUUAAAUACAUGUGUGUUGACGGGAUGCGACGUGAUGUGAAAUUACUGGUUGUUGGUUUUUUGAUCGUAUUUGCCUUUGUACUGCCAUGUUCACUUCUAACGUUUUUCUAUGCGAAAAUCAUCCUUCGACUUCGACAUCAACAACGAACGAUGUUACAAUCACGCAUUCCGAUACGCCGGAUAACAAUUUAUACACUGGCCGCUACACUGUUUUACUUAUCCUGCCAAAUACCAUUCUGGGUGCCGCAAAUAUACGGUAUCGUGUGUAUGGUGUUCGGCUACAAGAUCAAUCCCAGCUACAUCACACUGACUUACUACUCUCACUUGUUACCAUUUGUCUCUGCGUCGUUCAACUGGAUUUUUUAUGCUCGUCUUAAUAGCCAGUUUAAGAAGGGCCUUGUUCUUGUCACUGAACGCAUGAUACGAAGGCGAACCAGAUCUAUACAAAAUAGUACCCUUCGAGAUCGUGAUGUUGACGACUUGGCUCUGGUUUUAAUGCCAAGGCCUGAUGACGCAGUCACGAUGUGCCCAAGCUGUGAGGUAUGUUCGCAAUACAAUGGAAGCACACCCUCCAAGGCGCAGCUGAUGUUGAAGUCUUGCAACGGAAAAGUGGUCUCAUUAUCCGCGACACCAUGA